AUGGGUUACUACUAUUCUGCUAGUGCUGCAACCGUGUCACUCCUGGUGAUAGCAGGGUAUCUGCUCUUCCGCGGUGAUGAUGAAGAGUUCAACGUCGGCUAUCUACUCGAGUCGGUAUCCCCGUACGCUUGGGCGAACUUUGGAAUUGCUAUGUGCAUUGGAUUGUCGGUCGUGGGUGCUUCAUGGGGUAUCUUCUUGACCGGCUCAUCGAUCGUUGGUGGAGGUGUUAAGGCGCCUAGAAUUCGCACCAAGAACUUGAUCUCCAUUAUCUUCUGUGAAGUUGUGGCUAUCUACGGUGUCAUCAUGGCCAUCGUCUUCUCCUCUAAGCUCAAUUUGGUUGAAGGCGAGGGGCCCUUCUCUGGCAGCGACUACUAUACUGGAUAUGCGCUGUUCUGGGGCGGUAUCACCGUGGGCGCCUGCAAUCUGAUUUGCGGCAUUUCCGUUGGUAUUAACGGAAGUGGUGCAGCCCUGGCUGAUGCUGCUGACCCGAGCUUGUUCGUGAAGAUCCUCGUUGUUGAGAUCUUUAGCUCCGUCCUCGGUCUUUUUGGCUUGAUUAUUGGACUCCUGGUUGGAGGAAAAGCGCUUGACUUCGGAGCCGCUUGAAGAAUGUUGAUGAGGGCGUAGAGGGCCAUGAUGGGGAUGAUCUGUAUGACCUAUAUCAGUCUUGUCUUCACUUUUCUAUUCUUUGUCCUAUUUAUAGGCCGCAUUGGGCGCAUGGAUUCGAUUUGACUGUAGAACGGUUGGCUAUGCGUGAAUAGCAUUGAACGUCUUGCUGCUUUGACUGAUGGGGAAAUGAGGGAAGGAAGGGUGUACAGUAACUGUUGGGAGAUAUCACGAGAUUAUUCAAAAGACAAAACAUGCCAAUUCAUAAGUUC